AUGGGUGCCACAUUGUCCCAAUUCUUCCCUCCUACCCCUAGUUUGACGGAGAACAAUCUACCAAGCCAGCAAGGACGAACUUUUCUCAUCACAGGAGGGUACUCAGGCGUUGGUCUGGAGCUCUCGAAAAUUCUAUACUCUGCUGGUGGGAGUGUCUACAUAGCAGGACGUUCCGAAAGUUCUGCUCGAGCUGCAAUCGAAGAAAUCAAAGCGGGAGCGAAAAACGUGGAAGGCGCUGGGCAUUUGUCAUUUCUAUAUCUUGAUCUAUCGGACCUCAGUUUGAUUAAAGGUUCGGCGAUGGAAUUUCUUGAAAAAGAGGGGAGAUUAGAUGUUCUUUUCAACAAUGCUGGGGUCUCUCAACCGCCUGUGGGAAGCGUAAGCAAACAGGGGCAUGAACUUCAGGUGGCCACGAACUGUCUUGGUCCUUUUCUGUUCACUUCUCUUCUUCUACCCGUUUUGAGAGAAACGGCUGCGAGUUUAAAUGCUCCGGAAGGAUCGGUACGAAUUGUUUGGACGUCUUCCCAGGUUGUUGACUUAUCUGCACCCACAGGUGGCCUUGUAAUGCAGGAGCUUGAUACGCCACCUAAAGAUAAUUUUGGAAAUUAUGUCAAUAGCAAGACAGGAAAUUGGUUUUUGGCUAGUGAGUUUGGAAAACAGGUGAAAAAUAACGGAAUAUUGAGUGUAGUGCAGGUAAGCGAUUGCUCGUAACGUUUCUACUAAAACUACCCUGCUACUAGAAAUUCAGCCAGAUGUCUUCCAAAGAAACCAACUUGCGCGAAGAAUCCAGGAAAUCUAAAGACCAAUCUGAUGAGGAACAAAAUAUGGAUGAUGUACAUGAGUUACCCACUUCUUUACCCAGGAAAGCUAGGCGCAUACACAGCUUUAUGGGCUGGUGUUAGUCAUGAAUUGAAUCUGGAUGAUUCUGGAGGAUAUGGUCUGUCUCCCAAAUCCACGCCCGCAUCCAUGUCACUAUCACAUGUUUCUUGUAAAAUUUUGCCCGUAAUAUACUAAUGUAACGUCUCUUCAGUAAUUCUGUGGGGCAGAAAGCAUCCUGGACCACGAGUGGAUCUUCUUGAUGCUCUGAAGACCAUAGAGGAAGCUGGCACUGGAAGAGCAAAUGAGUUUUGGAAGUGGUGUGUGGCAAAGACAGUUGAUUACUCUUGA